CCGGCUUUAGCCAUAAUUAUGACUUUGUGGCUGUGUUAACUAGUGACGACAGGUGAUGUCCUCAUGCUUGCUAUUGUUUUGAACUCAGAUAGCCAACGUUACAGUUGCAACUGGAAAUCGGAGUUGCAUAGGUGUGACCAUUUGGUAAGCUGUGUUGCAGAGACCACCAUUUCUACAGGCAUGCUGAACACACCGUUGGAUAGACACACAGACUGACGAUGGAUUGACCGGCCCUCUCCAGCAGUCCCCUCCCCCUCCUCUCUGUGUUUGUGCCUGCUGGAUCCUGGUCAGUGGAUCCUCGGGCGCCGUGCGUCAUGUCGUCCAACUGUCGGGCUGGAAGACAUUCCCUGUGGCGGUUUCUUUCGCCGUUCCAAAGCAGGCAGGAGCGUGUGGUGCUGGCACGCAGCGAGAGCAUGCCGGGGGAACACGUGCUGAAGAUCACCAUCACAGAGACCACAAUAAUCGAGGCUGAUUCAGGGGUGUGGAACUCCAAGUCGCUGGUCUACCUGGGCCUGUGGUACUUCUUCAGCUUCUGCACACUGUUCCUCAACAAGUACAUCCUAUCACUGCUAGAGGGGGAGCCCAGCAUGCUGGGUGCUGUUCAAAUGGUCUCCACCACCAUCAUAGGCUUUCUGAAGAUGUAUGUGCCUUGCUGCCUAUACCAGCACAAGUCCAGGACUGAGUACCCCCCCAACUUCCUCAUGAUCAUGCUGUUUGUGGGGCUCAUGAGGUUCACCAGUGUGGUGAUGGGACUGGUGAGCCUGAAGAAUGUGGCUGUCUCCUUUGCCGAGACUGUGAAGAGCUCUGCGCCCAUCUUCACUGUCAUCAUGUCAAGGCUGAUCCUAGGGGAAUACACAGGGAUGUGGGUGAACCUGUCCCUGUUUCCUGUCAUGGCUGGUCUGGCCCUCUGCACUGCAACAGAGAUCAGUUUCAACAUGCUGGGCUUCUCCGCAGCCCUCUCUACCAACAUCAUGGACUGUUUACAGAAUGUUUUUUCAAAGAAGCUACUAAGUGGAGACACCUACAAAUUCAGCCCUCCAGAUCUACAGUUCUACACCAGUACAGCUGCAGUCAUUAUGCUCAUACCUGCCUGGGUCUUCCUCAUGGACAUUCCAGUGAUUGGGAAGAGUGGGCAUUCGUUCAGCUGGAGUCCAGACAUCGUUCUGCUGCUGCUGUUUGAUGGGGUCCUGUUCCACCUGCAGAGUGUCACCGCCUACGCCCUCAUGGGACGCAUCUCUCCCGUCACCUUUAGUGUAGCCAGCACAGUGAAGCACGCCCUGUCUGUCUGGCUGAGCAUCAUCUUGUUCAGUAACCACAUCACGGUGCUCAGCGCCGCCGGCACGGCCCUGGUGUUUGUGGGCGUGCUGCUGUACAACAAGGCCAAGCAGUUUCAGAGAGACACCUUACAGGCCCUGGCCCACGCCCAGGCUCAGGACCAACACUACAAACCACUACUGCAGGACCACAAGCUCAAAGCAUCGGACCGAUAGACUCCCCAGGAGACCAAUGGGGAGAGACCAAAAAGGUAUCUUAUCUCUAACUUUGAUCAUGUAGAACCUGAUACGCAGACGAUUUGACUAGACCACGUUUUGACUCGCGCCAGCAGUACGACGAAUGAGGGAAGUCAACGGUCAUCAUAGCACGGUGGAAGGAUCUGUCACUCAAGUGAGGUUUCGUUCAGUCGGAAUGGUCAAUUUGAGAGACUGGUUUCUCUUGAGGUUUCAUUCGGCCUCACCUUGAUGCACUCUGAUACCUAUGUGAACUUGCCUUAGUGUGUGGUCUGAACGCAGACCAGUGUUUGACUAUGGACAGGUGCAGCUGUGAUUUCUAAAUUGAACGGAGGGCCACACAGCUUUAUUUUUUGCUGAUAUGUUUGUCAAAAUCUAUUUUUGGGCCAGAAACAUUCCAGUUAUUUGAAAAUAUAUAGGUCUGUUAUAGUUUGACAUAUUUUCUACCUAGUUUUAGACAUUCAAGUGUGGCCUGGAGUGUUUUUUUUAACCCAAAACAAUAAUUCCCCCUCCCCAAAAAACAACUAAUUUGUUACUUUUUUUACCUCCCGUGGGUCGGAUUGAAUGGGCUCGUGGGCCGGAUCUGGCAAGGCCGUAGUUUGCCCACACCUGGGGCCUCAUUUAUCAAAGGUGCAUGCGCACAACAAAAUACUUUACUUUUCUGCGCCAGUUAGCCCUCAAUGUUUGGUGUUUAUCCAUUUUGAACUUGAUGGGAAAGUGUGCGUGUCUCCACGCAAAUCUCAGGACAAGCGUACACACAACUUUUAGUCGUUGAUCAACUAUAUUGCAAGCAAAUAUAGUUAUUUUGGGGGAAAUGGAGGUGUUUGUUGCACAGGAAUUAUAAUAAUGGUAGGAUAAUACAAAUAUUAAAAGGUAUAGGCCUAAUGAUAAAACUGAUGCAUUUGCCGUUGGUAAGAAGAUCGCAUAGCCGCAUGUCGCCUAAUAUAUUUAUUUUAGUUUUAUAUAGGCCUAAAUCAUAAUCAUAUUGCAGGGCAUGUCUCUCCUUUUCUGACAUGACUGGUUUAUUCCAGCUACACAACAGCUACCAUUUAUCCAUUGCUAAUUCAACAGCCAACCAUGCUUGAAAGUAAAUAAACCGGUAGCCUAUGACAGUAUGGGUAGGCUGUGCAAUAGGAGCAUGACAUAAUAACCUAUUUAAUCUCAGAGCAUAUACCAAGGCAGGAGAUAGAAACACAAUCAUGUAUUGAUAAACAAAAUAUUGAACAAUUUGUAUUUUGCAUAGAAGUGUGGGCUGUAGGAAGCAUUUAGUUUUAAAUUGUUCAAUAGACAAUCAAUCUUGCAGAAUGUGCGACUAGUGUUUGGCACUAGCUAUAGGCGGCAUGCAUUUUUUGUUAAGAAAUGUCACUACAAAAGAUUAAAACAUUCUGCCCACACCUCUACAGAAAUAUGAUCACAUUUGCCAUUGCGCUUUCUUUUAGCAACUAUCAUGGCUCAGUUCCAACAUCUCCAAAUCACACAGGAAAUUAAGGCGUUGUUCUUACCAUAAAAAGUAAAUAGAGGGCGUUUUCCAGGCGGGGUUGUUCACGAACACACAAAUAUAGUUUAUCAAUAAAACAUGCUUAUAUGUUCCGUGCCACAGUUUGAUAAAUCCCAAUAAUUUGUUGCACAGGCAAAUCAGGGCCGGACUACCGCAUUUGGGCCCCCAGGAAAAUAAAUGUGCUGUUUUAUAGCUCAUCUCAUGCUAUUGUUCACAUUUCGCCAUGAGGCUGAGAGAAAAUGUUGCAGUUUAAAGCUUAUUUCCUGCAAUUCUACAAUUUUUUUCUAUAAUAUGCUACCUGUCUGACCUCCAGGAGACCCACAACCCAAAAAAAAGGUUGGGAGCCCCUGGGCACGUGCCCUGUGUGACCGUUUGGUAAUCCGGCCCUGAUGUAAAUCCUAGAAUCCUAGUAUGCCAGAAUUUAGUAAGAAAAGUAUGCACAGUUGAUAAAUGAGGCCCCUGGUCUGGCGUGUUUAAACAAGCACUCGGCCAGAUGGCCAGACCUUCAGACUUCACUUCACCGUUCACUUUUACACUGUAAAUUCCUUUAGUUAUUCCAUUCCCUCGCCUUAAAUGUUUCAUUAUUUCAUAUGUUUUCAAACAAAGUGUAAACUCAGGAUUUCUCUCAAUGUUCAUUGGUGGAAGUGGUUAAAUGCAAGUCUAUUUUUUUGGCAUACAUUUCUUUCUCCAUUGAUUAUGGGCACACAUUCUCGUUGACAAAACAGCUUUAUUCUCCCGAUAAUUAGCCACGGUGCAUCAUAAGGUAGAACAGUCAAGGCAUUUAUUAAUUCUAAUAGGGCAUUAGCUCAGUUGUAUACUAACUAGUCACAAGUGAAAGCAAAUAUUUGAGCCAUUAACCUGACUACAAAGGUGUGUCUUACCCUCAGGGGAGUAGAGGUAGGGAGAGUAACAUUUUAUUUGUUUUCCCAAAGCUCACCUUUGACACUGAACUUCUCACAGCAAUGUGAAAUAUUUGAAAACCUUGAGUGUAGUCUGCGGAGAUCAAAUAAAAUAAUAAUAAUAUGCCAUUUAGCAGACGCUUUUAUCCAAAGCGACUUACAGUCAUGCGUGCAUA